GGGAGAAGAAAAAAUUCUCCAUCGUUGCCAAGCGCUCAGUGAGUAUUACUAAGCGCUCAGUGAGCACUCUGAGUUCACAGACCUCGGGCCGGGCUGGGAUCUCGCCAUCAUUGGUCGGAUACUCAGGUCACAUGAUCUUAUUUGGUAGAGGCUCACUCUCGAGUGCAAAAUCUUACGAAUAUUGACCAAUUCAUCCGUGGACUCUCUCUCCCUUUUCUUCACUUUCGAACCUUGAGACGACCAUAAGUUCAAGCCUUGGGUUUGGAUCAAGGGUCAUAAAUUAACAACAUUUUCAAGGAAUUCGUAUAAUCAUGUUUGAGCAUCUUUUGCGGGUGAUAGUUGCCACAAUGUUGAGGUCAACGUUGAACGGAUGCCACGAUCAGGGAGGGUGAGCAGAUCUCUGAGCAGAAGACGAGUGGCCGCUACCACUUUGGUCUGCGCCAUCUGGCCGUUUAUCCAUCCAUCCUCUCGGCCCUCCCACGACUUCCUGACGACUCCCAUACUCACCACCAGAGCUACUCUCCCCAUGGAAGUAGGUGUACCGGAAUGCUCCAGAUCAAACUAAUUUUGAAUAGCACGCGGGAUGGUGAACCCAACAACGGUCCCCCACUAUCGGAAGAUAAGAUUUUACGAGCGCUUUCCUUCUUUUGCAAAGUCCAAUCAUCGCUCUCUCGCGACGAGAUUAUCAGCCUCUAUGAACGAGUCGGAACGAUAACCAAGUGCCUUCUCCACUUCGACGUCGAAGACGAUGCCUCUCCACUGCAGCCACUUGCAGCCAGAUUGUGUGACCCUGACACAAAUGCUAGCUCAUUUCCAUCUCAGUUUAUUGACCCCUCCUUGAUAACUUUAGACAAAGGCCCACGAGACCAUCCUAAGACAACCUCAUUUACAUCUCCAGAUUUGGAUCGACCUCACCUCCCUACACAGUCAGGCGCGAGAGAGCUGCUGAGUGAACCAUCCUCGUCGCCAUUUGAUGAGGGAGUUCGAGGGCACUGCACCUCAGGCGCCUGCAACAAGGACAAACCUCCACCUUUCGAAAAUGCCAAUGUAAUACCAACAACACACGGCUCGGUUGGACAUGAUGAAAAUGACUUUGACUCCGUCUUUCGAGAAAUUGACGAGAUGGAUGCAUCGGGCCAUUCGCUCAAUGUUCGCCCAGGGUAUCGCGGCUGUACGACGGACCCUGAAUCUUCUACGUGUCCUCCAGGGGGAGAAACUGGCGAAGAAAUUGCAAGGGUGGAUUCCGAUGGAGAUGAUCCCAUGACCAGCCAACCAAGGACGCAGAUCUCUGACAGCAACCGCGAUGAAAGGAUAUGUCACGAUAUUUCAGUUGGCAACAUUCAAGAGCGUUCUCAUGAGAUGGCCACGGCAGGCUCCGAAGAAUACAGUCAUAGAGCCAGCCCUGACAAUACUACCUGUGAAAAUCAAGAGCAAUCCGCUGAGGCUUCUGUAGUCACCCCCGGUCCGGGCACGGCUAUCUCUUAUUCUACUCCUGAUUCAAAGACGCCAAAUACGCCGAUGCCCGCAAGCAAAAGAGUUAAAAGGUUUGAAGAAGUGACAUCAGGCAGAAGUUUUCUACCAAGUCCUUCGCAAACCCCUGGUCCCGCUAGUGGCUCAGCCGAUCGAACCCCCAACAGUUGCGAAAGUGGACGGUUAUCAGCACUUCAACCAACGGUUGAAGACGCCCCUGAUGGUACCGAGCUUGGAGACACUGGAAAUGAAUUUCCCGAUGACGACGGUUUCGAGGAUUCAGAGAUACAGUCCGUCUUAAAAGAGGCGCACAAGUUCCUGCAGGCCACAUCUUCUACACCUGAAAUGACAUUCGAAGCUCCGGAAGGAGCAAUCAAAGCAUCGUCCCGAAACAUCGAUGUUACCCCUGAAAAUGGACUUGAUCCAACUAGAGGAAGCCCCAGUAGUGCGUCUAUCUUAUCUAGUUCUAUCAACUUUGAUGAAGCUCAUCCAGUGGCAUCUCAUGAGGAUGUUGGAAAUUCAGAUGAUGACUAUAGCAACAGCCGCAAACGAAAGCUUGAUGUUGCCUCCCUCGAAGAACAUGCUGGCUCAACACCUAGCACUAUGAGUUCUUUAUCAGAUGCUCUGUCCGAUGAUGCCGGCUCCGAAUCAGCAGCUUCAUCUUCCCCGCCCGCCGAAGAAGACGAAGACGAAAACGACAUGGACAGCCAGGAUCUGCCGCGUUCUGAAUCGAGACAAGCAAGCACGGUUUCUGAGCAAUCAACCGAAGAACUGGAUGAAAUUAUGGCCUACGAGCCUGAUAUUCCGGGCUCAGUAUUUUCAAAGCUCACCGGGCAGCAAGCGGGUGAGGUCCGGCGCAUAGGCGAUCAUCUUCUUCUACGCAACCUCGCUUGCUUUCUGGGGACCUAUUCUAGGGCUUGGAAGGCCGCUGGUUUCUGGAGCGCCUCCUCCUGGACUACUACGCAACCCUCAAGUAUUGUCUUACGACCAAAUCGUGCCGGCCUCAUGACCUAUCUGGUGGGUUUACACAACGAUAAUGCCAUACAUGAUGUGAAGGUGCGAAUCGCAAGGGUUUCUCUGUUCCUAUUCUUUGAAAGAGAAAUUGAAUGUGAGCGCAGACGUGGUACUGAGGAAACUGCUUUGAAACGCAACGCCGUCAGCAACUUGUGCAACUCGAGCGGCCUAGGGCCAGUGGAGAAAAGAAAGCUUCACAAGUCAUUCCAUAAUGAAAAGAAGAUUGGUGAGUAUUGGUGGUGGUGCGUCCAUUUCUUCGGCCCCAGCUUCCUUGUGCGCUGCAGCAAGGAAGCAGGCAAAAAGAUAAACAAUGGUUCGCGUUUUCCCUUGGAUGCAAUGAUUGCGUACGUUCUGCACGAGAAUCCACUUCCCGUGAAGCCCUACCCUGCACUUGAUGAGGCAGUGAUCCGCUUGUUGAUAUCGGGAGACUUUCCUGAAGAAUUUUCGCGACAAGACGUUCAAAUGUGGGAACAAUCCACCGCCACGGGAUCACUCGCAUCUCCGGCUUGGCGACCUUUCAGUGCUGAAGCUGUCACCAGGGAAGCUCUGGCCAACCUGGAGAAAUGGGCGACAAACCCCGACAAUCGUUUGCUAACUUUUUGACCUCUUGGAAAUUCCAUAUGGUUCCCUUUCCCCAAGUGUUUGUUCUGGCGUAGACUGGCGUCACGUAGGUGGUUAUUAGGUAGCGGUGCUUUAGAUAGACCUUGAUAUGAGCUAUUUACCAACUUGGACAUCUAAACAGUUCUGUCCCAAAGCCAAAACAAGGCAACUGUAGCUUUUAAUUCAGAAUAUAGUAACCAACUCGAAGGCAUAGGGCAGAAGCGCCACAAUUUUACUGCCUAUAUGCGGUUGCUCU